AUGGCGUUCUCCAACCCUCUCUUCUUAUCACCACUCCCUCUGUCCCCACUCGGAUCCCAUGCGCCGCUCCCCAUAAACUUCUCAUUCACAAUGAAAGCAACGCUCGAUGAUUCUUCCUCUACCGAUGGUCCCACCUCCGAAUCACCCGAGACUGAAAUUUUCGAGGACCGACUCUCGCAGGUACGUCUGCGUUAUCGUAGUGGAACAGGGAAGAAAGUCGACGCACGGAAGAGCAAGAACUCCGGGACGAAAUCCGAUAGGAGUUCAGGAUCUAGGACAAACAUGUACCUCCCAUCGGUGCCUUUCAAGGAGCCGAUUUCAGGUUGA